AUGUCUUAUCAAGGAUAUGGUCAGCAGCCAUACGGCCAGCCGCCUCAAGGCUACGGCCAAUACCCCCCUCCUCAGCAGGGCCAAUACCCUCCUCAGCAAGGCCACUACCCGCCUCCUCAGGGCCAGUAUCCUCCGCAACAGGGCCAGUAUCCUCCCCCUCAGCAGGGAGGCUAUCAUCAGCAGCCUCCGCCAGGCCAAUAUCCCCCGCAACAGGCGCCAUACGGACAGCCGCCGCCGCAGCAGUACGGAGCGCCUCCUCCACAUUCACCACAGCCCUACGGAGCUCCCCCAGGCCAGUACGGCGCUCCUCCUCCGCAGCAGGGAGGAUAUUAUGGUGCUCCUCCUCCCGCGCCGUAUGGAGCGCCUCCAGCGCAGGCCGCACCGCCUACGCCGCCUUCUUUAGGCUACGGCGCACCGCAGAUCAUUCAGUGGGAUGGCACCCCAGACGCCCAGGCUUUGCGCGCUGCCAUGAAGGGCUUCGGAACAGACGAGAAAGUGCUGAUUAACAUUCUGUCAAGAAAAGACCCGCUCCAGAUUGAGGUGCUGCGGACGGCUUACGAGCGCCAAUUCAAGCGCAGCCUAGUAGAAGACAUCAAGAAGGAGACGAGAAGCUGGUUCGAAUAUGGCCUCGUUCAGCUUGCGCGCGGUCCAUUAAUGGCUGAUGUCCACAACCUGUACGAUGCCAUGUCUGGCCCAGGGACCAAGGAGGUCGUCUUGAACGAUAUCCUCCUCUCGAGAUCCAACGCCGAUCUGCAAGCCAUUAAGAGCGCUUACCAGCGAACUUUCCGACGGAGCUUGGAAUCCGAUGUCAAGGGUGAACUGAGCUUCAAAACGGAAAGGAUGUUCUUGAUAGUUUUGGCAGCCAACAGAGCCGAAGACGCAGCCCCAGUCAUACCACAGCAGGUUGAGCAAGAUGUCAUGAGUAUCUACAAGGCGACCGAAGGCAAAGUCGGAACGGAUGAGAUUCUUGUUUGCAGCAUUCUUGCCAACAGAAACGAUAACCAGAUCCGAGCCAUCUCCCAUACUUACAAACAGAAGUUUAACCGCAGCUUGGAAUCUGUCAUCGAUAGUGAAUUCUCUGGUCAUAUGAAGGACGCCCUCUUGUUCCAGCUGCUCCAUGCUGUUGACAAGUAUAUGCACGCCGCGAUGCUCCUGGAGGAUUCCAUGGCAGGACUGGGCACCAAGGACCAUCUCCUCAUUUCUCGGGUUGUCCGCUUCCACUGGGACAGACAAGAGCUUGCAAACGUCAAGGGAGCCUAUCAGCAGCGAUAUAAGAAGAGCUUGACCAGCCGCAUCAGAGGAGAGACGUCUGGCGAUUAUCGAACACUGAUGGUUGCUUGCGUCGGAGAGUAA